AUGAUGUUUCCCUCGGACAACGUUAUCGCCAACGCCUUCUCCUCGCAACACCCGUUGAAGCGGGAGCCGCAGAAUGCGGGAGCUGCGGAGAUGAGGAGGCGGGAUCCAUUUCCGGCAUGGAGUGUGAUCGAAGAUACCAAGAAGAAGGCAGACGCCAUCGGCAAAGAAGCGGCCCGAGAGUUCGAUAUUGUGAGCCAGAAAGCGCAGGCCAAGACUGGUAAGAUCGAGCCAUGGAGUGCUAAGUACUAUGCCGCCUGUACCUUUGGUGGAAUGUUAGCUUGUGUAUGGAUAACCUCUUCAGUUUGUGUUAUGGAGACUGACUAUGAUAGGGCCUCACCCACACUGCCGUGA